AUGCCAACUUCGCCGCCUUGCUCGCCCCGACGUCGGGUUCUGCAUGAGCGGACACCCUCGGAACGAAACAGGCUUCAGAUUCGUCCCGUCCCUUACAGCCCACCCCGUCUCUGCUCCGAGGAUCACCCCCCCGUAUCACCCUCUCGUUCUCUCUCGAACGUCGCACAAGACUGGCUCUCCUUUUCAAACCGGCAGCAGCAGGAGGACCAUGGCAAGCGAGCCUCAGUAUUUCUAGCUCCGGGCCUCCACGAUCCCUUGCAAUCCCAUCCGGUCCAUGACAACUCAGUCGUUCCAACGGUCGGUGCAGGUGGCGAUUUCCUGCGCCUGCCCCUUGGUACCCCUCCGGAUGCCGCAAUUCGCGGGCCCUCGCCCUCAACGUCAAGCCUCGAGGCUGCGACACCACCCAACUGGACAUCUCUGUACGAGUCUCCAGCGCGAGCAUUUCCUCCGCCGCCGGGACCCUUGGAUUCUUCAUCGGCCUCGUCGUCUCCUUCGCCAUCCCCCCGCCGUCGAGCCAGCAAGGUCGUUGCCGUCAACUUGGACAAGACCUUCUCCUUGCUUCCACAAUCCAACUUCCACCCUUCAGCCACUACCUCUUCGGGGCCUCAACCCUGUUCGCCAUCGGCCCCGGCCGCGUCGUCGGAUCACUCUCGCUCGAACCUGUUUGGUUCUGGUCUACCCAGCUUGCCUCGGACCCCGUUCUGCAAACAGCCUCUCUCCUCAGGGUCUCUAGACGCCAAAGUCCCGAAUCCCAACCUUCCAUCAUCACGGGACCAUCGCCUCCUGCGCAGAGUCCACACGAGAACCGUGGAUCAAGAUUCACGACCAUUUUUUCACCAGGGGCUACCCACUCUCAAUGAAGACAGUCCACGAAGCUCAUCCAUUGGUGUCCGACAUCUCCAGAAGCAGUCACGGUACUCCUCCUACUCACUCUCAACCGCAUCCGAAACAUCCAAUUACAAAACAUAUGCCUCUCCCGCAACAGUCGCUAAUUCAGCCGACACCGACGUGGAUACCCUACCUCCAGCCUGGAGUCCUUCCGACGCGGACGUCACUGGGGGUUCAUCUGCCGCGCGCUCCUUCCAACACCAGCAACAUUCAGUGCUCAGUGAUGCCGAACCAAACUACGUCGUUUUGCACGACAGCUCGUCUGCUUCAUCCGCCGUCGUUGGCAAGGGUCCCCGGCUCCGGCUCGAGUAUUCGAGGGAAAGCUUGCUUGUUCCCCCACUGAGACCUACGGCGAGGAGUUUGAUCAAUAGGUCUGACCGGUCGACGUCCGGCUCUCGAUAUUCCAUCCGCACAGCAUCAUUGGCUUCCUUCUCCAGCUCGGUCGUCGAGGAUGCCACCAGCUUCAUACUUGCCGGCGCGCCCACUGUUCAUAUGCCUCGCAGCAUCUUCAAACGAUCUGCUUCGCGUCGGACCAUCAACACGAAGGCGUUGGAGCCACAGUGGCCCAAAUCCCAGCAGCACCAAUUGAUCGCAACUGAGCGUGAAGGGGCGAACACGAGUGCCCCGUGCUCCGUGGCCCCUGCUCGAAGCCCACUGGCUGUCCACCUCUCGAAACUUGCACCGAUUCUUGACCUCGCACAUGCGAGAUCUGCUCGCAUAGCCAGGGAAGCUUCCGAGCCCCCCCACGUAGCACAUAGAGUCCUCCGCAGGGAUCCUAAUGGUACCGCUGCCAGACUUGUGCGAGACCACGACGAGCACGGCGAUGGCUUGGCAGAUCUAGAGCGGCUUCAUCAUCGUCCGUCUCGUUCUCGAUUAUACAGCCUCUUGUCUAGUCAUGCAUCCGACCGCAACAUAUGGUCGUCCUGCAGCUCGCAAAGCACGAAUUUGCGGUCGUCAAUUCCCGCUUGGGCCAGGGUUUAUUAUGGCAGCGGUGAACAUCGCUUCUUGGCUGCCCAGCCAUCGGCAGACUCGCUUCGGUCCCAGUACAAGCAUCGUUCGCAAGGCAGCUUCCUUCGCAGUCAACCGCCCAAUGAGCCCGCCGAGAUUUUGCAGGCCUCGUCUCGAACGCAUCAUCAGGAUGCGGCGUCCUCGCAACAGUAUUUCCCCGGCAUGGGUGGCGAUGUCGACAACGAAAUAACACGACACCAACCUGUGUCUAUAGCUCGCACGGCGAAGAAGCAAACCUCCAGCAUUUGGUCUCCACAUCUUCGCCAGGACAGACGCGCGAAACCAAGUAACUUUUGGGAGGCACAAUCUGCGGAAUGGUCUGGCGAUGGCGCCACUCAAGCCUACUCACGCAUGCAGCCUAUCUUUUUCAUUGCAGGCUUUGUUUUCCCCUUUGCUUGGAUGUUUGCUUCUUUUCUACCAAUCGCGCCGAGACCGAUAUUCGAGGUGGCAGAAGUACACAGCACCAGCCGCGUCGACAGAGAGAAGGAAGCCCAACAGCAGGUGCAUGAAUCUCCCGACGUGCACCGCUACGGCCGAGCCCGCUGGUGGAGAAAUCUCAAUCGAGCCAUGUCCAUAGUCGGCCUGAUUGUCAUCGGUGCUAUCAUUGCCCUUGUUGUCACCGGAUCCAAGCAACAGUGGACUCUGUAG